AUGCCUUCCGAGAAGUCCGGGUACAACCCUCCGCCACCCAUACCCUCGUACGACGAGGCCGUACACGGCUCGUCCUCGCAAGCCAACUGGCCUCCGCCCCGAUCGCCCAUCGACGACAGGCCCGACGCCGAGACAGAGGCCCAGUCGCUGUUGACCUCGACACAGCCCAGGGGGAGAAUACCCCCCGGUUAUCGGCCGCCCCAUGUCGAGACGGACGAUGAGGGCUCGGAAUGGAGUCUGGAAAGUGAGGAUGAAGACAAUGCCGAACCGUCGAGGGUGCGGCGGGACAUGGAGGAGUUGGAGGUAGAAGACCCCCUGAACGGCUCGGCCAGUUCCCGCUCCAGCUCCCUAUGGCGCAAACGAAUCGCCUCUCUAUCCCUCCCGCAGUGGCGAUGGCGAUGGCGCCUCCCACGCCUGACUGUCCGCCUCCCUCGUGCCAGCGACGGCGCAAAUGCCUCGACGACACAGCCCGAAUCCGAAUCCGCGACCACGACUACGAGAAGAUGGCAUUGGCCCAAGCUCAGCAUGGAAAGCUCUGCGGUAUUACUGCUCGUCGGCAGGUUGUUUGCCAUAUUCCUGGUCAUGGGCUUUCUGUAUCUGGUGUUCGUGAGCGACAUGUUCACCAACAUGUCUCGGAGGAUUGGGGGCCAGAUGUUCGACCCCGAGAGCGUGCGGCACCACGUCAUCAACACUGUAGAUUCCCGUCGAAUACGCGAGACCCUGAAACACUUCACGAGCUACGCGCACAUCGCAGGCACCGAAGGAGACUACGCGCUUGCCGAGGAUGUGAGGAACGCCUUCCUGAAAAGCGGCCUCGAGGAUGUCACAGUCGAUGAAUACUACGUUUACCUCAACUAUCCAAAGGCCGGAGGACGCGCUGUUGAGAUUAUGAACGAGGACGGAUCCCAGCCGGUCUGGAGCGCACAGAUCGAGGAGGAGGGCUUUGAGAACGAUGCGCUUGGGAAACAGACCAUGGUUUUCCACGGACAUUCCAAGUCUGGCGAUGUACGGGGCCCUCUAAUAUACGCCAACUACGGCAGCAGGGAGGACUUCAAAAGGAUAUCUGAUGGUGGAAUCGACACAAAGGGAGCCAUCGCGCUUGUCAGAUACUACGGCAGCCAGGGGGAUCGCGCACUCAAAGUCAAGGCUGCCGAGUUGGCCGGCUUUGCUGGGUGUAUAAUUUACAGCGAUCCUGCCGACGAUGGAUUUCUCCUGGGAACUCCCGCACCCAAGGGAAGGUUUAUGCCUACCGACGGCGUGCAACGAGGUGCUGUUAGUCUGAUGAGCUGGGUUGUCGGCGAUGUGCUGACACCGGGCUGGGCCAGCAAAAAGGGCCAGCCUCGUGAGAAGACGACCCAGACAAAGGGGUUAGUGCAGAUUCCCAGUAUCCCCUUGUCCUGGCGCGACGCGCAGAAAUUGCUCCAGCAUCUUGAGGGAUUUGGCGAGCGAGUACCACAGGAUUGGCAGGGUGGGGUACCUGAUGUCGAGUGGUGGACUGGAAACUCGUCCUCGCCUAUUGUCAGGCUCAAAAACGAGCAGGAUGAGGCAGAGCAGCAGCCCAUCUGGAACAUCUACGGCAAGAUCAACGGCAUCGAGCAGACCGAGAAGUCCAUCAUCAUUGGUGCCCACCGCGACGCCUGGAACUGGGGCGCUGCCGACCCUGGUUCCGGCCAAGCUGUCAUGUUGGAAGUUGCCCGCGUGUUCGGUGACCUUCUUGCCAGGGGCUGGCGUCCGCUUCGAACGAUCGAGUUCAUGAGCUGGGACGCCGAGGAAUACAACCUGAUUGGAAGCACCGAGUAUGUGGAGAACAAUCUGGAUUCCCUACGCGCCAAUGCGUUCGCUUAUAUCAACCUCGACACGGCUGUUGUCGGCAACGAGUUCCAUGCUGCGGCUUCCCCGGUAUUCAACAAGAUUCUCUAUAACGUCAUGGAGCGUGUCCACGACCCUCUGCGGAAUGCAACGCUGCGCGCUUUGUGGGUUGAUAGAAAGGGCGAGCUGGAAGGCCUUGGUGCUGGCAGCGAUUAUGUCGCCUUCCAGGACAUUGCUGGCACUAGCUCCAUCGACCUCCGCUUCGAUGGCGACAAGUUUCCGUACCAUUCGAACUACGAGACCUUUGACUGGAUGGCCAAUGUUGGAGAUCCUGAUUUCAUCUACCAUACUCUUUUGGCACAAGUUCUGGCCCUGUUGGUUCUCGAACUUUCCGAUCGACCUGUUCUUCCAUUCGAUCUGGACCAAUACGCUCUAAGCCUUGGUCGAUACUUUGGAGACCUGUGGAAGUGGAGCGAGGAGAAUGGGGCGAAUAAGGAUGAAAACACGAGGCUCAAUCUCAACCCAAUCAGAGAUGCGAUCAAGGAGGUGGAGUCAGCGGUGGCCAGGUUUGGGUCAUGGGAGCUCGAGUGGAAGCAGGCCGUGGCGAGCUCCAACGGCUGGGAACCUGCCAAACUCGGACAGACAAGAACCGAGUAUAACACGAGAAUGGCAGCGUUUGAGACGGGAUUAUUAGACACCGAAUUUGGUGGCGGUAUCCCCAAUCGAACACAGUUCGUCCACGUUGUCUUUGGUCCGCAACUGUGGUCCGGCUACGACGAAGCCUUUUUCCCUGCCAUCAGGGAUGCAAUUGACGCUCGUGAUUUCACGCUAGCUCAAAAGCUCGCCGACAAGACGGCGAGAAUCAUCUCGGAGGCGGCGAGCGCGUUGAUAAAGUGA